UUCAUCACUUCUGUCUUUUGCUCAUCUCUUCUUUCAACUUCCAUCUUAUAAAUAUCAUUCACCUCAGCACAUAUACCUCUCGCAGCUCAUAUACACAAUGUCCAACCAGGCUGAUCAAGCUUCUACUUUUACCCCCAUUCAUCCCUUCAACAUGGAACAACCCAAGACUUGGAGUGCUACUAUUGGCAUGUUGAAUUGGGACAGUGACAAAAUUGUCUUUUCCAAGCGAUCUCUUCUUGAAUUCCUUAAGUCUGCAGGUGUGACCGUCAACCAGAAUUUUAGCGAGAUCCAGAAACUUCCGAAGUACGCCACUUUUGGAAAAUUCUCUCAAGCUGCUACCGAUGCCGCUGUUGCCGACCUUGUUGAGGCUGAGAUUGCCGAUCCUACCACCGAAUCAGCCAUCCCUCCUUCCAAAUCCACCGUUCCCCGAAAGGCCAAGGAAGACAAUCUUCGACUUUUUGGUGAGGAGUACGAAGAACAGGACGCUCUCUCCCUUGCCCCUCCUCGAGAUGGCGGUGACGGUGUCGACGUUGAAAUCGAGAGAUUGGAAAGGAUGAAGGUGCAUGUUGAGCAAGAACAAGAGGGCGGUGCAAAGAUUGAAGACGUCAAGGAUGAUGACAAGGAGAAGAAAGACAGGAUUAGCAACCCCCCUCCUGGAUUCAAGCCUACCCGAAAGGUCACUCAAGCUCCAGGUGGCAAGUCUUCUGUCGGUUCUAUCUUGUUCGGUGGUGACGAGUAGAUCUAGAUGUGAAUCAAGAAGCCAUACGCAUGCAUCCUUUGUACAUUCAAAGAAAUUCAUGUAUUUCUGUUAACAUGACUAGUUAUAAUAACCGAUCAUUCCUCGCCAGUGUAGGCAUCAGCAUUUUGGACAAUGGCGUGGAUCCACUUAACAAUUUGAAGGUGUCCUGCAAUAGAGCCCUUUUCAUCGACAGUGUGCUGCGAAUACGGGUCAGGCAUUCAGUCAUGUUUAAAGUCUGGCUUUCGGUUGUGUUUAGAGUCUGACACUCACAGCAUUUUCACUUCCAGUAAAACUGGUACCCAUGAAGCGGUAGACGUUCUUGGUGAGGUUAUAGUACAUUUUGCAGUCAGUAUUGCCCCUAUGUUGAAUGUAAUCAGCC